AUGAAAAUUUUAAGCAUAAAGUGAAUUCAGGGAAGAAUUGAAGAACUUUUUAAGCCUAUUAGCCAGAUCCAGAAAUAGAAAAAAUAAACUCUAAAUAUAAUACAACAUAAAAGAAUACUUAAAUUGAAUAGCCCUUAACUCACUGGCCAUCCAAUAUAUUCAAUAGAACUAAAAAAACUAAUUUAAAGGCUAAUAUCAAAAUAGUAAAGAAGAGUUUGAAUUCAAAGAAAAUAAUACUCCAUUCAAUUUUUAACUUGACGAAAUUAAAUAUAGGAACCCUAAUUUAGAAUGGAAGAACUAAUCUCCAGAUAUAAAUGAUUUUAAGGAUUUUAGUCCUCAAAAUAUGA